CCAGUUGUCGACAGUGAUAAAACAUUUCAUCCACGAUAUCACAGAUAGCUAAUUAUUUAAUUUUGACUUGUUUGUAAUGAAUCAAAGUAAGUGUCUUUCGAUCAAGAUGCAUUUUGAUAACAAAAUGUGUAUCGACUGAUACAGCAUCAAUAUAAAAAUUUCUAAUUUGUUUGAAAUAACGAAGUUUCCUUCGAAGUAUGGAAGAUUCGUGCCAGCAUGUAAAGCUUUCGAAGUAAAAGAAAAACGAGGACAAUCAGUGCGUGUAUAUACAUAUCGGAGUCCCAUGCUGCACGACGGCAUGUUCGUCUGUAUCAGUCGCUUCCAGCGCUAUUUACUCCAUUAUGUAGUCGAGCGACAAGUAGCCACACUCACAGCCGCUGCCGAGUGCCCCCACUACUGGCCGCAGCGAGUCUCGAAAAGCAAUAAAAGGUCGUACUAUCAGAGCUGCCUCCAUCGCCUGCAGUGGCACUCGAACUCGAGCUACGUACCGGUUUGCGCCUCCACAGUGACAAAGAACAAACCCGUUGAAUACUUCACCGGCUGUCUCCUCUUAAACCGUAUCUCCGCGACUAAUACAAGCAGUAGAGAAGCCGCAACAAUGUCUAGAGAUCCUGCAGCUGAACAGCUCAACUCUUACAAGAAAUCUGUCAAGGGAGAUCCCCCGACACUUCUCACUGGAAAUGGAGCGCCGAUCGCUAACAAAAAGGCCGCCCUCACGGUGGGCCCGCGGGGACCGAUGCUUUUGCAGGACUUUGUGUACCUCGACGAGAUGUCGCAUUUCGACAGGGAGAGGAUUCCCGAAAGAGUAGUCCACGCCAAAGGAGCCGGGGCCUUCGGUUACUUGGAGAUCACUCAUGACAUCACGAAGUACUCGAAAGCCAAGGUUUUCUCGGGCAUCGGAAAGAAGACGCCCGUCGCCGUGCGAUUUUCCACCGUCGCUGGCGAGAGCGGUUCUGCCGAUACGGUGAGAGACGUGCGCGGCUUCUCCAUGAAGUUCUACACGGAGGAGGGAAUUUGGGAUCUCGUUGGCAACAACACGCCGAUCUUCUUCAUCAAAGAUCCCAUGUUUUUCCCGAGCUUUAUUCACACGCAGAAGAGGAAUCCCGCGACGCAUCUGAAGGAUGCGGACAUGUUCUGGGACUUUAUCACUCUGCGACCGGAGUCGACGCAUCAAGUGAUGAUCCUGUUCAGCGACCGCGGUAUUCCCGACGGUCACCGACACAUGAACGGCUACGGUUCCCACACUUUCAAGCUCGUUAACGACAAAAACGAAUGGGUCUACUGCAAGUUCCACUUCAAGACGGAUCAGAAGAUCAAGAACCUGAUGUCCGACAAAGCGGCCGAGCUGAGCGCUACGGACCCCGACUACGGCAUUCGCGACCUCUACAACGCGAUCGCCAAAGGCGAUUACCCCUCCUGGAGCUUCUACAUCCAAGUGAUGACGGCCCGAGAGGCCGAGACGUUCAGGUGGAAUCCCUUCGACCUGACAAAGGUCUGGCCCCACAAGGAAUUCCCCUUGAUACCGGUCGGCAAGCUAGUGCUCGACAAGAAUCCGGAAAAUUACUUUACCGACGUCGAGCAGGCCGCCUUCGACCCGGCUCACAUGGUGCCCGGUAUCGAGCCCAGCCCCGACAAAAUGCUGCAGGGUCGGCUCUUCGCGUACGGCGACACCCACAGGCACCGGCUGGGACCCAACCACCUCCAAUUACCCGUCAAUUGCCCCUACAAGAUGAUGCCGACGAUAAAUUACCAGCGCGACGGCUUCAUGUGCCUGAACAAUCAGGCCGGCGCGCCGAAUUACUUCCCGAACAGCUUCAGCGGCCCGGAGGAGUGUCCGGCUGCCAAAGCGCCGAGUUUCCACGCGAGCGGCGACGUCGAGCGCCACGAGCCCGUCAACGAGGACGACUACGGCCAGGCGAGCCUCUUCUGGCGCAACGUCCUCAACGCCGAGGAGAAGAGCAGACUCGUCGAGAACAUCGUCGGACACCUGAAGAACGCAUCGAAUUUCAUCGUCGAGCGAGCUGUCAGGAACUUCUCGAAUGUCGACGUCGAGCUCGGCAAGCGCCUCACCGAGGGUCUUCGCAAGUCUGGCUUGCAGAUCAAUGUGUCCGGCAAGUCGGCCAACCUCUGAAAGCUGCCAUCGACUCGAAUUUCAUUAUGUGCCCUUGCACGUUUAUUAUACCUAUCCAGCCCCUGUACACUUGUUACUUCUCCUCCUUUCUUUCCACUAUGUAUAUUGUUGUAUAAGUGAUGGUGCAAUUAAAGCGUUUGUAUUUUCUAUA